GAUAACAUGGCGUUAGAUCUGUUCACUGGAAGCGAACGGCUAAAGGAACUAAACUCCGGCUGUUGUGUACUCGUCAUCAAAAGAGAUGCCCAACAAACCAAUGGCUUUCCGUUAACUCUUCCCAUCUGUUGCUGGAAAGGGAAGACAUCAAUGCGCGCCUAUAUCGCCAAAAACGAAAGGAUUCACUUCUUGAGACUUUGUGGUGCAGAUGUCACUGAAACAGACGCCGUCAGAAGUACUGAACGCGAGAGACAUAAAGUGAAGAACGAAGCAAAUAAUGAAGUAUUAGAUGAGAACCAACCGAUAAUAACUGAGACAAUUGAAAGUCAGACUUGA